UUAAUACGCAGAUAAUCGGCCUGGCGUUGAUUAUUGCACUUCGGCCAUGUUAAAUCCGUCAACUAUUCGUAUAAUGCUGCAGUUUACUAACGUCGCGUCCCAGUUGGCAACACUCACAAAGCGUCAAUGUCAGUUUCAGUCAGUAAUCAGCUGUAUGUUGAACAAGAGAAUAAUUUGUUAAUGUCUGUAGCGUUUUUUCAACUUUUUUGUUAAUAAUCAACCAAAAAACGCUGUCAGAACGUAGGUCCCAGUGAGUUUAGUGAGUGAGCUAAAGCAACAAAAUGCCGAAAGCAGAAAAAGGCACGCCAAAGUACCUGGCCAACAAAAUGAAGGCCAAGGGCUUGCAGAAGUUGCGAUGGUACUGCCAAAUGUGCCAGAAACAAUGCAGGGACGAGAAUGGAUUCAAAUGCCACACAAUGAGCGAGUCCCAUCAAAGGCAACUGCUCCUGUUUGCCGACAACUCCAAGCGCUAUAUCGACGAUUUCUCCUUCGACUUUGCUAAAGGCUACGUCAGUAUACUCAAAAGGCAGUUUGGAUCCAAACGUGUGAACGCCAAUAGGGUUUAUCAGGAGUAUAUUGCUGAUAAGGACCAUGUUCACAUGAAUGGCACUCGAUGGAAUUCCUUGUCGGGCUUUGUCCGGUGGUUGGGCAAAACAGGGCAGGCAGUAAUCGACGAGACUGAAAAAGGGUGGUUUAUCACGUACAUUGAUCGCAGCCCUGAAACAGUGCAGAAGGAAGAGAAGAAAAAGAAAAAGGAUAAAAUGGACAAAAAUGACGAGGAAAGGAACAUGGAGUUUUUGGAGAAGCAAAUAAAAAGAGGCCUAGAGAAUGCAGGCCCAGUAUCGGAGCCAGUUUACACAGAGCUUGUUCGCGAGCACCAAGAAGAAGUUAUCAGGCUGGAUUUAAGCCUGAAAACUGACAUAAAAGUGAUCCCAAAUUUGGAGAAACUGUUUAAGAGGCCGUCAAGUCCUGUGGGAAGUGUGCGCGAAGACAAAAAAUUCAAAAUCGAAAUCAAGAGAAAAUCCAUCUUGGACGAAAUAAUUGAGGAACAGGAGACGAAACGGGAGGCGCAAAAUCGCAAAGACUACUGGCUGAGUGAAAAUAUUGUGGUAAAAGUGGUUACCAAAUCUUUGGGCGACGACUUCUACAAGCAAAAGGGUAUUGUAAGGGAGGUUGUAGACAGAUACGGUGCUAUUGUGAAACUGUUGGACUCGGGCAAGAAGCUGAAACUGGACCAGGCCCAUCUGGAGACCGUCAUUCCAGCCAUCGGAAAACCUGUGAAGAUCGUCAAUGGAGCCUAUGCAGGGGAAAUAGCCACACUACUCAGUUUGGACGAGAGAAACUUUUGUGUUAGCGUAGAAAUCUCCAAAGGACUUUUAAAAGGCAGGCGAAUCGAUAAAGUGCAAUAUGAAGAUAUCUGUAAAUUGUAUGAAAGCUAGUUCAUUGCGUCGAUUAACACUACGUCUAUUCGAUGAAUCUAAAUAGACUUAAAACUUAGGUGUGAUUUGAACUGAAUUUAUGUGUUAUAUAGGUAUUGAGUUCUCUACUGAAAGAAUAAGAUAAUUCCACCAAAAUUCCCCCCAAUGUAUUGUAACUGUUGUAAAUUAUGUAAAUACAUAAUUGAUAGAAUUCGAA